AUGGUUCGCAACAUGUCCUCUCCUACCACGACGUCAUUCGCGACCACGAAGCCGGCGCCGCACCCCGAACAGCCCCGAGCCUCCCUAGCCGACCUCCCGCAAGGGCCGCUUCGCGACGACGUCUACUCCGCCACGGCGUUCUACCGCGCUUACCCCGAGCACCAGGAGCUCAUGCAGAGGAAAGACGGCGAGUCUGUAGCCGUACAGGCUUCAACAGAGAUGAAGUCUCCCCUCGCCAACCACGAGGAGUGCGCUGGACAAGCGCCGGACAGCUCCAUCUCCGAGGUACCUGGUGCGUAUCCUGAGGUGGCUUUCCUAGGACUUAGUGGCGGCGACGCCCAGAGCGGAAGCGAGGUAUCGGGACCUGAGGCCCCAUCCGCCCCAAUCGACAUCAAGAGCGCGGACGCCGGCUUCAAUGAGGAAGACAUUAGUCAUAGCAGAAGCGGCAUAUCACGACUAGACAGACACCAGCCGGGACAUCAUUGCAAGAGACGGGAGACCAAGAAGAGGCCAGCGGGAGAGAUAAGCACUGAAGGUAUUUCAGACUAG